AUGAUGUUUAGUGCAGGGGAUCUACGCCGUGCUAAUGGCCUCCUUGCACGGUAUGGUUUUGUGCUUCAUGAAGAUGGAAGCCCGUCAAUAUUGUUUUACAACUUACUAAUGAAGGGUUAUAUAAGCUCCGGUUGUCCUCUGGCAGCAUUAGGUGUGUACGAUGAAAUUCAACAGCAGGGAAUGAUACCUGAUAAGCUCACAUAUAAUACUCUGAUCUUUGCAUGUGUCAAGACUGAAAAAUUGGAUGCUGCAAUGCGUUUUUUUGAGGAAAUGAAGGUCCAAGCUCAGAAAGUUGGGCAUGAUGAUCUUUUCCCAGAUGUUGUCACAUACACUACAUUGCUAAAGGGUUUUGGGGAUGCCAAGAAUCUUCUUUCAGUUGGGAAGAUUGUGUCAGAAAUGAAAUCAUCUUGUGACUUGUCUAUUGAUCGGAUCGCAUACACUGCUAUUAUUGAUGCGUUGCUAAAUUCUGGUUCAAUCAAAGGUGCUCUCUGUAUGUUUGGGGAGAUAUUGAAAAAGGCUGGUGGAAAUCCUGGCUUGCGGCCGAAGCCUCACCUCUAUCUUUCCUUGAUGCGUGGCUUGGCUGUUAAGGGAGACUAUGGUCUGGUUAAAUGUCUGCAUGAACGCAUGUGGCCGGACUCAGCAGGAACUAUUUCCUCCAAAGUUCAAGUUGAAGCUGAUCACCUUCUCAUGGAGGCAGCUCUAAAUCAUGGCCAGGUUGAUGUGGCUGUACAAAAUCUAUAUCACAUUAUUAGAAAAUGGAAGGGAAUAUCAUGGGCUAGUCGAGGAGGAAUGGUUGCUGUACGCAUUGAGGCAUUGCUGGGGCUCACUGCAUCCAUUUUUGGUCCUUACAUGCUUUCUCAGGUGUCAGUUAGUGCUGCAAUUGAGUGCAUUAUGAUACCAUUUGAAGAAGCUCAGCCAUUACAAGCUACCUGGCACCUGAGGCAAGUGGUGCUGCGUUUCUUCAGAGAUUCAGUUGUGCCCAUCAUAGAUGACUGGGGAAGCUGUGUGGGAAUACUACAUCGGGAAGACUGCAAUAUGUUGGAUGCUCCACUUUCAACAAUGAUGAGAAGCCCACCUCCUUGCGUCACAAGCUUGACAUCUAUUGGUCGUGUCAUUGAUUUGAUGUUGGAGAAGAGGUACAAGAUGGUAAUUAUUGUAAAAUAUGAUGAGUUUCAUGGUAUGUCUUACAGCUUUAGUUUAAGGGCCGUUGGUGUUUUUAAAUUUGAACAACUCUGUAAGCUUGCUAUUCCGGCAUCAAAGCUGCAGGGGCAACAACCUUACACCUCUCGAAUAUGA